AUGCAGUUCUUUGGAGCUAUCCCGGUCCUGAUGGGCCUGAUGACGGUUCUUUACACCGGCUGGUUUGGGACUUCAUGUCCUGCCAUGGCUUUGUUCAGGCGGACGAUCGAGGCCCCGGUUCAGCACAUCGUCAUCAACAAUGUGACUGACCACGUCGAGCAAGUCUCCGUCCCUCUCCCUACUGUCACCGUCACUACCACCGUCGAUCAUGUCACCCCCUCUUCCCUCACAUACAUCAACGACGAAACUCCAUACGUGGAGACAAAUCCCCACCCACAACAGCUUCAGCCCAUAUGGAGCUCCAUCCCACACCCCGUCUACAACAUCGCUUCAUCGACGCUCACCAGAGUGCAAUCCUUGGCCAUUUGGCUCACAGAGCCAAAGCUCUCCAUCCUCCACGUUAUCUUUAUCUUCUCCGCACUUGCGAUGCAGGGAGGGGGACUAUUAUUGUUCCUAUCCCUCUUCGCGAGAGAUACACUCACCCGUUCAUCCUUCCGACGAUUCUUCUCGCGCGCUUACCUUUCCUCCUGGUUUGCGACGCCGCUCCCACUGCCACCCUUUCUCUUGUCCACCGUCACCCUGGACAUACAACCGUGGUAUAUCAUCCACGAAAUACUUCUCCUCGCCAAACAAACCUCUCGGCGCAUGCUGAGCGGGGUCCGCCACUUGGUUCUGUUGGGCUUGAACGCCAUCAUGGAGUUCACCCUCUUAUAUCUCUCGAAGCGGGUCAAAGACCUGCCAUCACGCAUGGAAGAUGUAGUCGACUUGAUCAUCGCAGCCGACAACAUGUCUUAUAAGGUUGUGUUCGAAAUGAUACGCCAGAUUGGUACGUGGGUGCGAUUCGCUUUCACAGCAGCCUUCCACCAGUGCGCCCUCCGGCUAGAAAAGGCGGGCAUCAUGGAGACCGGGGAAUACUACCUGGCCGAAGAGGACUUCCGAUUCGCAUUCACCUGUACUUACCAGGGGAUACUUCUGCUCCGCCGGGACAAUAGGGCAAUCGAGCAUGAGCUCGAUCUCGUCAAGGCCGACUUCGAACGGUACAAGGCUGAGAACCCGGCGGGUGUAGUCGAAGAGCUCGGAAAGAAAGUGGUAUCGCUUCGACGAUCCCAUGUCGAAUCUCUGUCGGACCAAAACUUUUGGAAGACCCAGUGCAUGAGCCAGUGCAAUUGGCGACACAAUAUCAUCAAUGGUGUCAAGCCGGACGGUCCUAUGGCUGAGCACCCGUACAGAGCCAACCAGGUUCAUUUUCUUCCGGAGGAGGACCCUGAAACUGGACUACACUAUGCCAGCAACGUCCACUGGGUUCACAACAAGGGGGUGCCAGAGUUGGUCAAAGAGAUUGACCUGAUGGCCCCAAGACGCCGUGGCGAACCAAGACGCCCUGUCUUCGUCCCCAACAACACGGAUCCUUUCGCCAACGGCGGCAGUGUCUUCCUCGCUCUCUUUCCCGGUGCUCAUAUCCCCCCAAUCUUCGAAGGCCAUGACCCCAUCAACAUCGCGAACAAGCGAGUUGUGCACUUCAAGGAACCCGAACGUCGUUUCGGUAAACAGAUUGAAGACGCAGCGGCAAGUGGCGGCAGCAUGGCGUAUUGGGACCGAAUGUACAGGCCGUUAAGAUCCUCCUCAUACGAGGCACCAGUUACGGCGAUUCAAAACAUCAACCGCCUUGUGGGUAGGCCUGUUGGGAACAGCAGACCGGCUGCCAAGAAGCUUCCGCGGACGAAGUCGAUGUUGCCAAAUACGCCACCGGCCCAGCCAUAUGCUCUUCUCCCUGGCGAGCCGAUGAGCAUAUCGCCAAUUCGCUGGUGA